AUGUCACUAGGCAUCCGGCCAACUCGAAAAGCCCUCUCGUCCCUCUACUCCGUUCUCGACUACACCGACCAUCUCCGUCUCAACGAACCCGAUCUAGGCUACACAACCACCGCCUCAAGCUCCAAUCCCCAAGUCAACCGCUACCGCGACAUUCUAGCCUACGACCAUGCCCUUAUCCCCGGCGGCGGACCCUAUCUUAACGCUGCUUACAUUCCUCCAUUUCACCCUACAAGUCUCAGCUUCAUCACUUCCCAAGCCCCGCUACCGGAUACCUACACAGCGUUCUAUACCCAUCUCGUGCAACAACGCGUACGAGUACUAGUCAAUCUCACUCCCCUCACAGAGAAAGGUCGCAUUAAAGCCAAUCAAUACUGGUCCAGCACAGCUUCAGACGGAGGCGGAGAGAUAGUGUUAGAUAACGGAUGGCGCAUCACCUCGACCGACGAAACAAAGAUAGACCUCGAAGGCGGACAAUCAACCCUAAUCCGACGGGUGAUUAGUAUCGACUUUUCCCCCUCACCGCCUCCCAAUUUCCUAGGCAGGACCCGGUGGGGGGUGACCCAAUUCCAUCUCACAUCAUGGCCUGAUCACGGCGUGUUUCCGACCACAACCCUAUUAGAGUUGAUGAGGGAGACCCAAAUGGUAGCGAUGCCGAAGAUUUAUCCUCCGCCUCCCACCUGGAUCCACUGUUCAGCCGGAGUGGGUAGAUCUGGGACCCUGGCUGCAGCAUAUAUAGCCCAGGCGGCGAUAGGAGUAGCAAAACAGGCAUCAGACCAGGGUGAAUGGGGGGAGGAAGCAAGCAAAACGGUAUACCAAAGGGACACGGAAGUGGAACUAUGGGAUCUACCGCUUAGAAUCGUGGAACAUUUAAGAAGGUACAGAGCAAGGAUGGUACAGACCAUAGAUCAGUUCGAGGCCGUGUAUGAGAUUGUUGCUCGUUUGGCUACUGAAGCUGGGCUCUUGGUUGGAGAGGCGAAGAAGUAA